AUGGCUCAAAUUCUUUCAAACGCAGAAGAAAAUACUCUUGUACGAUGGAUUUCACGACUUACUAUCACUGGAUUCCCUGCUACACCUAUGUUGGUGAAGGAAAUGGCCGACGAAAUUCGUCUUCGACAUGUUCAGGUCGCGUCAUCUCGAAUUCCUACCUCGACAGAAAUUCCACCUAUAGGCCACGAAUGGAUCUAUAGAUUCCAAAAACGAUAUCCAGAACUUAAAACAUACUAUUCACAUCAAUUAAAGUCUAAUCGGAUUAAAGAGGCAACUCCAGAGAAUAUUCAGGCUUGA